AUGGCUUGUUUUGAAGUAUAUGUGGCGUUCAUUUCAGUUUUGGCAGUGAACAUAAAAGGGACGACUAUCCCACGGGAUGCAGAGUCGCUCCUAGCUCUGAAACAGAGCUUCACUGGCUUUCCCCUCGACGAUUGGUUGGAGGGGAACCUCUCCAACUUCUGUACUUGGACGGGUGUCACCUGUGACCAUUCCAAUCAAAGCGUAAUAGCCCUCAAUCUCCAAAACAAGGCCAUCUUUGGCUCCUUACCACUACACUUCCCCAUCUUUAGCCACCUUACUACACUCAAUCUUUCCUCCAAUCGUAUUAGCGGCCAAAUUCCGUCCUCUGGCUUCGCGUCCUGCUCUGCUCUCACUUUUCUCUCUCUGGACCGAAACAAUUUCACCGGCCCACUUCCCUUAUCUCUCUCCAACUGCACCGCGCUGAAAAUACUUGACCUGUCUGAGAACGAGCUUAUCGGUCCCAUACCUUCCAGCCUUUCAAAUUUAUCAAACCUGCAGCAGCUCAACCUCCGUUAUAACAAUUUCGCGGGCCCAAUUCCUGAAUCUCUGUCAAACUGUACCAAUCUGGUAGUGUUAGAUUUAUGUUUCAACUAUUUAAUCAACGGAACAAUACCCAAAGGGCUGGGGCUUCUUACCAGGCUGCAAAACCUGGGCUUAAGCGGUAACCGUCUCUCCGGUCCAGUACCGGUGACCGUUAUCUCCAAUCUGACUCAGCUCCGGAUAUUGAAGGUGGGUCUCAACCGUAUGAGCGGCCCGAUUCCUUCAUGGCUCGGUCAAAUGCCAUUCCUGGAAGAGCUAUGGAUGGGGGGAAGUCUAUACGAAGGGCCCAUUCCUUCUUCGCUGGGGAACAUAUCUUCUCUCAGAAAACUAAACAUCUACAACAACACUCUCACAGGUAAUAUUCCGAAAUCAUUGGGCCAACUUUCCCGCCUGACCGUACUAAGCAUCUCGUAUAAUUAUCUCAGUGGCUGUCUUCCGGCGGAGCUGGGGAAUCUUACAGUUUUGCAGAUGGCAAUUGUGAGGGGAAAUUCAUUAGGCGGAAGUAUUCCGCCCGAGCUUGGCAGUUUGAAAUUCCUUCAACAAUUUGCAGCCGAAGAGAAUAAUUUCAGCGGAAGGAUUCCAACGGAGCUGAGCAACUGUUCGGCACUGGGGAUUCUCAGACUCCAGAGCAAUCAGCUAAGCGGGUCCAUACCCCCACAGCUUGGUCGCCUACGCUUACUGGCGGAAUUGCACUUGGAGCAAAACCAAUUGUCAGGAAAGAUACCGGAAUCCCUUUCAAACUGUACCAAUCUUCAGGGUCUAACCCUCGGCUACAAUCUGCUACAAGGUAACAUUCCUCCCGCUAUUGCAAACCUGCGGAAUAUAGUUCAUUCAUUUUCAAUGCCCCGUAAUCUACUCACUGGAAAAAUUCCAGCAGAAAUAGGGGGCAUGCUGUCUGUUGCUGUAAUAGACCUGGCCGGAAAUCGUCUAGGCGGCGAAAUCCCUGAGAGCUUGGGAAAUUGCGUGGAGCUGCUGCAGCUGAACCUUUCAAACAAUCAAUUGAAUGGUCGAAUUCCGCAAACCUUGGGCUCACUUAUUACUCUCACGGACUUGGAUCUCUCUCUCAACAAUUUAUCUGGUCCCAUACCAAGUUACCUUGGCGACAUGGAAACACUUCGUUUUCUGAAUCUUUCUUAUAACCAUCUGUCUGGUCCUAUUCCCAGCCGGGGUGUCUUUAGAAAUCUACCGACCAGCUCUUUCACUGGGAAUUCUGAUGUCUGCAGUCUACAAUGCCCGAAAUCAUCAGCUCAAUCUUCCAGCGGUCUCUCAAACCUAUUCAAGUUCUUAAUUAUCCUGGGAUUGUUUGCUUUUGGAGCUGUUGUUCUAACGGCCAUGGUGUACUUGAAUUUUCACAGGCGCAAAGCGAUUGCUCCGGAGACCAACGAUCAGUACCCAGAACAGAGGGAUUCGUUUAUGAAGAAAAAUUUAGUCAAAUUUAAUUACCAAGAGCUCUUUCAUGCGACUUCAGAUUUUAGCGACACAAACAUAAUCGGCUCUGGUAGAAUGGCAACCGUGUAUUGUGGGAGGCUGAAUAUAACAAGCAGAGACCAAGCUGUAGCCGUGAAGAGAUUCAAGGAAGAUAUCAACGACUGUGUUGCAGUGAGAGAGAGCCUGAUUGCUGAGAUCCAAGCACUGGCUAUGACAAAACACCGUAAUUUGGUUCGCUUGUUGGGCUACUGUUUGGAUUCAAAGGCCAUUGCUUUGGUGAUGGAGAUGAUGCCGAAUCGAACCUUGGCCGAUCAUAUACAAGAAAAGACACUCACCUGGAGUAUAUGCUUGAGAAUUGCGCGGGGCGUUGCUCAGGGCUUGAAGUACCUUCACCAUGAAUGCCCGCAGCAAGUUUUACACUGCGAUUUAAAACCGUCCAACAUCUUGCUAGACAUGGACUUCGAGCCCGGGAUUGCCGAUUUCGGGAUUUCCAGAAUCCUGAACUACAAUGACCUGAGCCGUGGAUUUAGCAUCUCCAAUUUGCAAGGAUCUAUCGGUUACAUGCCACCAGAGUAUGCUUUGAGUGGAAGAAUGACAACGCGAGGAGACGUGUACGGCUAUGGGGUUGUCAUUCUAGAAAUGGUAUCAGGGCAAAAUCCAACGUCCGAGAUGUUUACAGAGGAAAAUUCGCUUCCAAUGUGGGCACUGAAGACUUCCAUGGAUGGCACUCCAUUGCAGGUAAUUGAUACUCACCUUCAUACGCUUGAAGGCUUGGCAGGAGACAGCGAGCAGGAAAUGAUUAAUAUGGUGCAUUUGGGACUGGCUUGCACCUCGUCCAGACCUGAAAAUCGCCCAACCAUGAAUGAGGUAGUCAGAAUUCUGGAGAGAAUUUCGGACGCGCGGACAACAACUAAGCUACCUUCGAUCACGGAACAGAGAGAAUCCACUUGCUAG